UACUCAAUGUUUUCUUGUUCCUAGCUUCAUAUUGUUCACUGGAAUGUAAAAUAUGGCAAAUUUGCUGAAGCUGUGAAGCAUCCUGAUGGUUUGGCUGUGGUAGGCAUCUUCAUGAAGGUAGGGAAUGCCAAACCUGAAAUACAGAAAGUUGUUGAUGCUCUGAACUCCAUUCAAACCAAGGGAAAACAAGCUUCAUUCACAAACUUUGACCCUACUGGGCUGCUGCCUGCAUGCAGAGACUAUUGGACGUACCCUGGCUCCCUGACCACACCACCACUGCAUGAAUGUGUGAUCUGGCACGUUCUGAAGGAACCCAUCACUGUCAGCUCUGAGCAGAUGUGCAAACUCCGUGGCCUUUGCUUCAGUGCUGAGAAUGAGCCAGUGUGCCGCAUGGUGGACAACUGGCGCCCAUGCCAGCCUCUGAAGAGCAGGGAAGUCAGAGCUUCCUUCCAGUAACCUCAGCGAUGAGUGUGUUAGAAACUGCUGUGUUUGUGAGGAACCCUUUUUGCUAAGCACAAAUCAAACCUUUGCCAUGUGUGCCCUGGCAACAUCUUGUCUCCCGUAUUCAUUCUUUAUUUCGCUCUGCAUCUGAAAUGCCAGCUAAUGAAAUGUGAAAGGCUCUUGGCCAAACAGGAAGGGGUUCUUAAUGUGUGGAGCUGAGGGGAAGCCUGAGGGGGGGGGGCUGUGUGCAUUUUGAUGACUUGCUGCGACUGACAUUUUGAUAUAACAAACAAUAUAUUGGCUGUUUGGGAGAGCAUAUGGUGAUAGCAAAACAAGCCAUUCUAAGAAACCUCAUCCACUGGUGUGAUAGUACAUAUAACUAAUGGUAACUUGAAGCUUUGUCAAAAGCACAGGAAUACAAAAUAUAGGUAUAGUAUAGGAAAAAAAGUAUAUUGAGAAGGAAAAGUAAAAUGAAUACUGAGAAUUAGACUUAGAUAUUAAGAAACUGACAUGUAAAUAUUUUGAAGACCAUUUUACAUUUUUACCCAUGCUGUCAACAACCUUCAUUAUGUCUUCAUGGUAGUGUGUUGGAUUUUUUUAAUUAAAAAUGUCCUAAAUUAAGUGUUAUCUUUUAAAAUUGUUACCAUAGAGUACAAAAUAUCUUUUCACUGAAAUAAUAUAUGCUCUAAUUUAAGGGGGAAAUAAAAUUGUAUUUUAGAUAACUUCUCUAAUAAAUCUAUACUUAUA